AUGCAAGUGGCAUUGCUUACAAUUCAUUCGAUCGAUGGAUCUUUCACUUUUGGAUCCUUCCUUGUGAAUCUUCGGAGCACGACAGCAUGCAUCAAAAUUACCUCCCCACGGACAACGCGAGGCUAUGUCCUGAGUGGUUCGGACGCACAGUUGCCGAAUGGAAAUGUGUAUGUCGCAGAACCAUUUUCUCCAACCUAUCAGUUGGAAGAAUUAAAGCGGAAAAUGUUACUACAAAAGAGAACAUUUUGUAAUGAAUUACGUCCAAAGAUAAACCAAAUCAUGCACAAACCAGAUGCUGCAGCACCAGAUAGCGUGGAGCUAAUUUGCAGUCUGUAUACGACCGGACACAUUGUUGUAAACCGACGUCGGGAAAUACUCUCCGGCGAAGAUGCAACAAUUAAUUUCUCCGUAGCCACUGUGACAAACGAUCGAAUGAAGUUUGUCAUUCAUCCACUAGCAGAAUUCAGUAAGGCAAUACGAGAAACAAAUAUUUCUGUUACAUUCAAAUGUGGUAUGAUAGAUGUUGGCGGCACACGUGAGUUGCGAGAACAAUUCAGGAAGAAAAUUGCCAUACCGAAAGUAUCUGAAAGAGAGGUACAAAAGGAAAAGGAUUCGCACUGUCAAGUACAUGCGUGUUGCUGUAAUACCUCCAACAAGACAACACGGACUGCUUUGAAGUGCCAUCAGGUUACAUCAAGGGAUCAAAUGAAUGCCUUAUUCGCUGAAAAAGGAAGAACGGAUCAGCUAUCUUUAGAGCCAGUGGAGAAACAAGUAGAAGCUGUAUGGAAUGAGAACAAGCCAGCAAUUGAUGCGUUCUUGAAAACACUGGCCCAGUGCAUCAAGGACUUACAUUUAUUAGAAAGCAUGCCAGCUUUCUGUCAUGCACUGUGCAACCUAGUUCAGUGUGUAUUCAAUACACCGGAACCGUGGACCGAGGCUUCAGACUCGCGGACUAUUGGACGUCAAACUGGACACCAUACACUUGCAGAAAUAUAA